GCAGGAGGAGACUGCUGGACAACAGACACAAGCGGUCCUUCAGCAACUUGCAUCUGCCAUUACUGAGCUUCUCACUGAGAACCCCCAGUAAGAUUUGAAAGUGGCAGUGUUUGGGAUUUUGAGGGAAAGUACCCCUGAGUUUUGCCUGGGAACUGAAUGGUGGAUCCUGAACUUGCUCCACAAAUGGUCUGUCAUGUGGCAUUUAUGGUUUCCUCGGCUCUCUGCAAACACUUGGAGCGGGCUGAUGCAUCCACCACAGAGAUAGCCAGCUGAAGCAGCCACACAAGGCUCUGGGGAUGCGGAGAGUUGGCUCAAGCUGGGAUCUCCCCCUAGAUUGUUGGGACAAUCGCAGGCAGAAUGGACUUGCCAGCCUCUGUGGGGAGCUGAUGCCAGAGACAACAGUUUGUGACCUUUGCACGGCGUCUGUGGAAAAACGGAUCAGAGAAGCGCAGGCCUGGCAGCUACAGAAGAACUUCCAGGACUUGCUCUUCCGCUUCCAGGACUGGCUGUGGGCCGCAGAGGUGACGGCCGCCUCCCCAAAUUCCUCACAGGUGUCUUACGCCAAUUCCAAGAAAGAGCUGCAAAGAUUCGAGAUGUUGCAAAGACAGGUGUCGGACAAGCUGUUGCUUCUGGAAUCCCUGAACAGGCAAUACCAUCAUCUGGUGAGGAGUGGGAGCGUUAGCCUACAGCUCAGACCCACCAUUCAAGAGGUCAACCAGCGCUGGGAUGAGCUGCAGACUCAGACAGCUGCCAUUUACAAGAGGCUGAAGCAUUUUGUGACCCAACGAGAAGAAUUUGAAUCGGAGAAAGAGACCAUCCAUGUGUGGCUGAUGGAGCUGGACCUCCGGCUCACAGAUGUAGAGCACUUCUCUGGAGGGACGUCGCUGGAGAAAAUGAUACAGCUGCAGGCAUUUCAGCAAGACGUACAAGCCAACGCAGAGCGUGUUGACCGCCUGCUGGUGCGCGGGGAAGGUUUGAUCCAGAAGUGCCAGCCCGAGGAUGCUGAGAUCUUAGAGGAGGAGCUGCAGGACCUGAGCUGUUUCUGCCAGGAGGUCUUCCGCAGGGUCUUCCGCUUCCGCCGCCGCCUGGUCAGCAUGCGGCUGGUCUUUGAGGACGAGUGGCUGUCAGACCGGGACAGUGAUUUGGAGUCCGAUUGCUUCACUGAAGAAUCCCUGGAGUUGACAGGUGAUGAUGCUGAUGCAAGGCUGUCCCAGCCUCCUGUCGGUCUCCGGUGCGAAUCCACCCCAAAGAAAGCAUUCCUGCAUCGCAAGCGGCUGGCUCCCAAUGUAGGGGGGAUCGUGGAUCUGGAAUGGGAUCCUUCAGUGGAUGUAGGAGGAUCCACAUCGCAUGAUGAGGAGGAUUCCUCGUACCACAGUGCCAUCACGGGUGUGGGCCAAUGGGAAGAGCCUCGCCGAAGGUGCAGAUCCGCUUUUUGCGUGUCCCGUUCAUUGCCUUUGAGGUGUGGCAGCAGCCAAGAAGACUCCUCUGUGCAAAAUGGCUUCCGAGAGGAGUGGGAACAGUUCAGUUGCUCUGUAACAGACCAGGAAAUAAAAAGAUGCAAUUCUGGAGGGUUGCAUCCAUGGGACCCACAGGGGUUCCAGCACCCCCAAAACCAAGCACCAGAGACAGGGAGCUCCCGGCAGACAGAACCGGUGGGAUUUGACCCCGAACGUGUUGAGACAUGGCUGGGCCAGAGCUGCCGGGAGGAGAUGCGAACAGAACUGGAGAUGGAACAAGGCACGGGAGCAUGGGGGCACUUUACCCUACCUGUCAUAGAGCUGCAACUCCCAGUGCAGUCCCAGGCAAGUGGGCAACGACCAAAGCGACAGAAGUCACACCAGCGGACAAAAAAGAGAGCCUGGCCAGCCCUAAUUGGCCAAGCUGGGCAGAUCUGCAAGAAGGAACAGCUUGACUCCCAUUCAGCAGAAACGGCAAUCUCUGUUGAGCAGGGGUCCGACCUGUCACAGGUUUCGGUUCUCUCUCUCCACUCCCCGAAGCUCCCCAGAAUUUCCACCAUAUGGAACUGGACGAUGUUCAUCUUUGCUGUUGGCAUGCUCCUCCUCCUGCUUCUCCUCCUGGCCAGCCCAUUUCCUCUGUACCCAUCGGAGCCCUCCUGUCUCCAGGCAAACGGCUAUGCCAGAUCAUUCCAUCUCAUGCUUAAGUACAGUGGUCCACCACCCACUUAACAGCCAGGCAUGGCAGAGCGUGGCACUCUUUAUAAUGGAGAAGGACAGUGAUAGUAGAGAAAAAAGCUGCCUCUGGGAGUUCCGUAGACUCCCCCAGGGCUACUAGAAGUUGGUCCUCCAGUAAGAUGCCCAAUUGUGUCUGCUCAAAGUUGGGCUUGCAGCAUCUGGUGAACUAAGAGAUAAUGUUUCUGCAAAGCGAGAGUUUCGUUCUUAGCUGUCAACUCUAAUAGCCAGGGUAGGCCUAUCAUCCUCUGUGAGUUUAGCUGUUCCUGUGUUUGUUUGUUUUUUAAAGUUGUAUCCAGCUAAGUUUGGCCAAGUGCAGAGUCACAGUGAUAAACGGACCUACGUUAGUCAUGCCCAUUAAUUUCAGUGGGUCUAUGCUGAAUACGGCGUAGAAACAAAAACGACAGAAACCAAACGUGGACAACUUUGGAAAAACUCAGUUGGGCUAGGUAAUGUAACUAUUAAAACAUCUAAUGUAGUAAAUGUAAUUUAUAUAUAUAUAUAUAUA